AUGAUAACGAUGUUUACAGUGAGAUGGCCCAAAGCCCUGCAGAUUGCCCUGGGCAUCGGGAGCGGCUUGCUGGGCGUGUACUGGCCGCCGGCUUCACCCAACCCAUGGGAAGCUGGCACAUUCGCGUACCAGAGAGCUUUGUGCUUGUUUCCCUUCUACCUUAUGGGGCAACAUCUGGACAUCAGCGGAUUCGUGCAAGCAGUCCCAGCGCCCUCGAGCGCUCGCAUACUGACUGUGUGGACCGCCAUGAUGAGCUUGUUGUAUUUGGAAAACCAGCCCGAUGUUUGGAAAUCCGUCACGUUCGGCGUCUUCGAAGUGCUAGAAACCGACACCGCCCCAUUUCUGCGCUACCCAUCCGCGCCGGGCUGCGCAGAAGACUACAAACUGCUGUGGGCUCGCUACUUUGCAGCCGUCGCAUAUCGAACCUUUUCCUUGUUGGUCUUCUUGCUGUUCGGGGUUCCCCGUGGGAAGACCUGGUUCACAGAAGCGGGAUCCAUGACCAUGUAUGCCUACCUGCUGCACGCUCCCUUUGUCCGAGGGGCCGCCAUGGCGCUGUCGUACCUGGCAAGCUUCGACAUUCGCCUCUUUGGUUGGCCUCCUUUGGUUGAGUUUGCUGGAUUCAUGGCGCUGGCCUGCGCAUUGAACCUCUACUUUGUGGGACUAGUCUAUGCUCUUACGUCGCAGCCAGUGCGAUCCGUUUUUGGUAUUUUCAUUGAGCCAACCUGGCUGCUUCGCUUGGCAGAUCAGAUGUCGCUGUCGCCGCCGUCAAAGAAAGAAGCAGACUGA